CCUGCCCAGGUACUGACGCGCAUACAGAUUAAACGCCAGAUCAAGCUCGUCACCGAGCAGCACGUCNUUGUAAGUCACUAUGAACUGCCUGAUGUCCCCUCAGAAGUCGAGGGUUUCCCCAUGCGCGAAUGGAGCAUCGAAGUCUACGUAGUCGGACCCAACGACGAACAACUACCUGCAACCUGUUUCGAGAAGGUCACAUACCGUUUGCACGAGUCCUUCGGCAAGCGUGCCAACCAAAGUCUCAAGCAGGCUCCCUUUAGGAUCCAAGAGCAAGGAUGGGGUGAAUUCGACAUGUCCAUCGUCCUCACACCCUUCUCUCAGCCCAAGGGCGAACAGACCAUCUUCCACGACUUGAACUUUCAGCAAGAGCGCUAUGAGAACCUGCAGCAGUUCACUUUCCGUAACCCAAAGCCUGAACUUGUCGAAAGACUGAGGGAAUCCGGUCCCGUCGGAGACGCCAAUGGUGCCGCUAAGCCUGAGAAGAGAAAGAAGGCAUCGAAGACUCAAGUCGACAUGGAAAAGUUGGCGGAGGGUCUGGAGCGACUUGGCGAAGACGAUCUCUUGCACGUCGUUCAGUUGGUACACGACAAUAAGACUGAGGAGACAUACACUAAGAACGAUGUCGAGAACGGCGAAUUCCAUGUCGAUCUCUACACUCUCCCCGACCAGCUCAUCAAGAUGCUGUGGGACUUUGUCAACCAGAAAGUCAACAUUGCAGAAUUUUGA